CCGGGACGCAGAUUGUUUUUGUUGAUACCGCUCAUAGUCGAUUGCUCUUAGGGAAGUUCUCUGCUCCGGUCUUUGAACUUUGAGGUACUCCAAGCAUAUGUGAUAAACUUACAACUUGACUCAUUCUCUGGUUCAUUAGCAAGAAAAUUGUGUAGCAGCCUCAAAACAUUCCGAAAGACCUGCAAGAAGCCUGCUGCGACAUGGCUCGAUAUCUGGGCGCCUUUGUUAUCAUGAGUGAGUAGAAGCCUAACUCUCUUCCUCUUUUCCUUUUCCUAAAUUCUUGAUUGUUGAUCAUAUUUUGAACUACUCUCAUCCAGUAAUAAUAUUUUUUGUGUCUAUAUACAGUUUUCUUUAGUUUUUUCUUUNACCUUAUAUUAGAGGAAACAACCCCAAAUCCCCCCUAUCCUAGAGUAGCUGUUUUCCAGAAACUACUGAGGUCAUUAGCACAGUAGUCUAGCCAAAACAAAACCUUAUUACCACAAUCCUUAGUCUAGAUAAAAUCUUCAACCAGCUGAUCAGUUUCCUGAAAAAUGAUACCCUAUUCUGGACUCAAACGCUCUGAUUUACAUACCCUAUCCUAGAGAAAACUGCUUGAAAACGAUACCCUUCACAGUAGCCUGCGCGCAGACGAAAUUAAACUCUGGUUAACUCCGUCUGCGAAACAGCGCCGAAAUCCUUGUUCUGGACUUCCAGCUGUGUACCCAGAUUUGAGUACGCGCCACUAUUGGCCAGUUAAAAAAGGCCUUUGUUUUGUUUGUUGUGAUCACCAAUCAGGUUGAAGGGAAAUUCAAAACGCACUUCCAGUAAUUCGUUGAGUCCGUUGGGAGUCCAGAACAAGGAUCUCUGCACUGCUUCGCAGACGAUACUAAUCAGAGUUUAGUUAUCGUCUGCCCGCAGGCUACCUUCACAGCAGCACAUACCUAUAUAGCCCAUAUAUGGCAGUACACCCCCCCCCCCUAACUAAAAAACACUUGAGAUUCAGGAAUGAACAACAAUAAUUAUUUUUCAUUCAAAAUAUUUCCCAGAUUCUGAUUGGCUAAAAGCACACGCAUAAUUCACCAUAACCAGUUACUGAUGACCAAAUUUGGAAGAAUUUUGUGUUUAACGAGGAAAUGACGUCAAAAAUGCAGCCUUCUACAGGUUAAUGCACCGUUAACCGAGAAGACCUUGAGACCAGAUUGAGUUGUUUUCGUUGUAAAAACUAAAAUGGUGGACAUUUCACUCGUUUCAAGAGUAAGAACUACGGCUGGAACUAGGCAAAAUAAUGGCUAUAAGGGUGACAUCUGCUAUUUGGAGAAUAUUUGCGGAACUGGACAAACCUAAACGUAAGCUAUCAAAGAUAAACUUAACAUCGAUGCGAGUAAGCUUGUUUUAGCUUUGUUUUUAAACUAGGAAUUAUUUGAAUGAAUAAUAAAGCAAUUAUUGAAUUCGGCUUUCGUAUCACAUGAAGAAUUAUGGAGAUCUCGGAGGGUGUUAUCCGCCUCGGCCUGUGGCCUCGACGGAUAACACCCUCCUUGAUCUCCAUAAUUCUUCAUAAGAUACUCAGCCUCAUUCAUUAAUUGUUAAUUUAUUUUGUAACUCGAAACUGGCCUAUUUAGCAGACCCUUGGCCCUCACCCUUCCUACCCCUUUCAAUAUUAAGCAGAUAUGCAUAUUUGUCUAAACUAUCCCUCGCUUGUUUUCUGUUGAAUGAACCUGUGUUGUUGCGGACACCUCUGUUAAGUGAAAGCUUUUUGUUUGGACAUCCGUACACCCCUCUUCCAACCCCAAAUGCCCCCUGUUCACCCCAAAUGUAGGCUACCUUCAUACGACAAUGGACAAGUUUUCAAGCGGCAGAAAAUUGGUGCUUUUAGUACCCUGUGUGGUAGGCGCAAAAGGGAAGGGGAACGGGGGAGGGGAAAAGCACGAAAGCGGGGAAAAGGAAAAGGAGUGCCUGCUAUAAGAGCUGGUGUUUCUGUAUUACGCCCACCAUUAAUUUUUCUAAACUUCUCCGACAACAUCAACUGUCAAUGCAUGACCAAUCACAAUUAAUUAGGGGGCUUCUCACCAUGGUCUGACCUUAAUAUUACUUUGUUUACCGGAAAUUGUCAAGUCCAGACACUUUUUUCAAGUGAUAUCAUAAUCAAGCGAAAUAAAACAUUUUUUACUUUUCUUGCUCCCACAGUAAACAUGACAACCAGACUACAAGCAGUCUCUCUUUUUUUACUGCUCGCAGUGUACGACAAACAAUGAUCAAUUUCGUGUGAAUACACAUGACCUUCGGUCUUACCUCAUCAACCACAAUGGUCACAAAGAACAGAACAGUUGCCAACAUGAGACGCCAAUAAUGAAAGGAGAUUAUAAACAAUUAUCAAAAAGCUCAAGGGAUAGUUUUUACCAAAGCUUUAACUCUCUCUGUACAAACCAUUUAGAAGUUCAUUCAAGACAGUAUAUGUUUUUUCUGAAAAGGUGGUCUUGUGAAUAUUGGCAUUGCAGACGUCUGGCAAGAAUCGCAAUCACUUUGAAUCGCUUCUCGGUGUUUGGAAAAAUCCAGUAUAAAAAACCUCCUGAGCAUCUCUGCCUGCUAAACAAGCUAUUGAAGCUGGUUCUAGUUUGGGUUCUAACAUGAAGUAAUGCUUCAUGGUUGGAGUAAUUUUCUUCCAAAGCUUUUGCCAAUAGAACACAUUUCCUUGAUGCCUUCAUCAUGUUUGUCUCUCACACUAAUACAUGCCAGGAUACACACCAAUAAGUUACUCAUUAUGGCUCAGCCAAUCAGGAAUUUUCAGAUGCCAGUGUCCACAGAACUAAACAAAAGGGGGUUCUUAUAGCAGGCAUCCCUAACCCUCUGUCCCCAAUCCCCCUCCCUCUUUCCCUUUCUCCCUAUCCCCUACCCCUUUCGACCCCUGCUAUGCAGGCUAUGCUUUUAGGUGUUCUGUUCUUGUCUAGCCUGUCCAAAAUUUGAACACCAAGGUCAAACUUUUUAGCUGCUAUACGACUAAUUUGACCAGUGCAGUGUGCAUGCUGUGAACACCAUAACCGUCUGAAUUUCAUACUACAAAAGCGUGGUUCCAUGGAUGCAUGGUAACUCAGCUGUUAGAUGCUAGUUUUGUUUCACUAAAGUAGCACUGUAAAACCACUGGAAAACAAUUGAAAGUCAACCUUGGCUAGUUGGCAAGUUCUGUGUGAACAGAGCUAAAAUUUUGAACAGUUCGGUGUAAAUAAAGUGACUGGUCAAAUUUUUCAGCCAGUCAAAAAUUUGUCUGAUGCUGUGUGAAUGUAGCUAUAAACUUGAUAUAUGGAGUAAGUCCCUCCACUUGAUUCAAAGUCCUUGAUCAACCACUGUACAUGCUGCAUUAAUGUCUGACUGUGGCCAAUAUCUAUGAUUACUCUCCAGGUUUGAUUCUGAGCAGACUAGAUGUUACCAUUGCACUCAAUAACACAACAUCAAUUCCUAUGUCAAGUUCAAGCGGCCUUACCACCACCCCUAAAUUACCAAUUACUAUGGCUCCAGCCAUGGGACUGGGCCAUUUCAAUGUCUCAUGUAUCCUGUUGGACAUAUCUUGUUCUGUUAAUGUGGAUUUGCAUGUCAACAGUAAAGUAUGCUACAAAUAUUGUUGAGGUCCUAAACUAAAGGUUAAACAUAAAUUAAUACUGUAAACUGCCGCUAAAACAACUGGGCUUAUACAUCUUCAUAAAAAGUUUUAGGAGGGUUUAUACACAGAGGGUCUUAUAUCCAAGGGGGAUUAUCACUGGAAUGGAAAAAGUGCAGCAGUUUACGGUAUUCUUAUUAUUUAUUAUUGAUGUAGGUUAUCAGAUUGAAGAGUCAUCAUUCAACUUUUAUUUUUUUAUUAUCAUUUUAGAUGCCUAUAACCUUUCUUAGCUUGAAACAAUGGCUUAAACAAAUCCAAGUUUCUUUUAAGUAAAAGAUUAAUGAUUCAAAGUAUCAAGAUCUAAAGGAUUAGUAAGACUUUUGCUUAAUGGCAGUGACAUGAAGGUGGCAGGUAGAAUUUCAGAAUAAAGGAAUAUUGUUAUUUAAUAUUAGCACAAAGCAAAAACAUCUGUAAUGGCUUCACUUGCUCACAAACUACAGCUUAAACUUUGAUAGAUAUGUUGAAGAUCUUAUUCAUCAUGUAGCAGUGUGGGUAGUACUAAUCAGGAUGAAAUAUUCACAGCGACAAAAACAUGAAAAAGGCCAAUAUUCAGCCAUCUUGACUCUAACAAUCUUUUUCAAUAAAGGAGUUAUUAUAUGGCCAAGAAAACUUUUUUACUUGCACAACCGAAGUGAGAAAUCCAGAAGAGGCAAGAUAAGCCCAUCUUGUUUAUACAGGUGCCAAUCAGAACACAGGAUUCAAUUUAUCUUGCUUGUUUGAGGGACCAACAUAAUCAUGAAAACUGAUAAUUACAUCAAUUUCUUUUUUAAAUUAACUAUUGUGUGAUAAGCUAAUUAGUGAAUCACUUAUUUUGAAAAAGGUCUGAAUGUUUGUGGUCAUAUAUAUUUCAGGUUCAAACUGUUACUUAUGACCUGCCCUUGAAAGCCACUGCCAGUGGAACUUGUGUUGAUCAGAAAUCAGAAAUCAAUCUNUACAGGUGCCAAUCAGAACACAGGAUUCAAUUUAUCUUGCUUGUUUGAGGGACCAACAUAAUCAUGAAAACUGAUAAUUACAUCAAUUUCUUUUUUAAAUUAACUAUUGUGUGAUAAGCUAAUUAGUGAAUCACUUAUUUUGAAAAAGGUCUGAAUGUUUGUGGUCAUAUAUAUUUCAGGUUCAAACUGUUACUUAUGACCUGCCCUUGAAAGCCACUGCCAGUGGAACUUGUGUUGAUCAGAAAUCAGAAAUCAAUCUUGUAUGGUCUAAAGGACCAGCAAACUUAACAAUAUCCAUGAUACUUGACGUUCAGAAAGAGAAAUGGACUGUCUCCAACCUGGGGUUUACUGCUAGAACUGAUAAUCAACCUCUUGUCGCCAAUGCAACAGGUACUUGUACAGCUGAAAGCUCCACUAGUAGUGACCUCUAUUUAUUAGUAUGUGUAAUCAAAUGGUGACGAGUGAAAUUAGGGAAUAAUUUCCCUCAAAGGCUCGGGAAAUUAUUAGGAUUUGGACAAAAUGCAAGUGAAAUUAUUCCCUUAUUUCACGAGGAUACCAUUUGAUUACCUAUUAAUAUCAUGGGUGACGAAUUACGUUAGCAAUCUUGGAUCUUUGACAUGUUUAUCCUGAAUCGUAUCGAUUGAGAACUCCACUCUCUCAAAUGUUUAGACCUUAAAUUUGGCUUAUAAAGUUCAGAAUUUUUCAGACUUUUUCAGCAAAAUACCUUGGAAUCCUUCCUGAUGUUCUCUUGUGUGUUCAGGUUUUCUAAAGCGUCUUUUUGUGCCCUGACAUCUUCAUUGAUGGCAUUUAAAAACUUUGUCGCCAUCUUGACACUGAGACGUACGGAAGGGUUGCCAUGGCAAUUUUGUAAUUUCACGUGUGAAAUUACAAAUUAACGCUGAAAUUUCGUACCAAAAUUAAGGAGUAAUUCGUCACCUAUGAUAUUAUGACGGUAACCUCUCUAUCGUGUCUGCCACUUGUUUUUGUCAGGGUGGACAGUCAAGUGAACAAUCACCCAUAUUGACUUAACCUGGAAAGUCUGGAAAGCUUAUAACAAUAAUAGAAACUUUCUGAGUGCCAUCUUGGUAACAACAACAAUAACAAACUUUAUUAGGAACACAUCAACUAUACAAUAGGGUUUCUAUGUUUAAUGUUUCCCUGCAAAUAGAAAAAUCUAAUCAAAGGUGGGGAAGGCAAAAAAAGAGAAAGAAAUAUUAAUGCUAUAAGAAACAAAAAACAAAAGCAAAAAGAAAAAUCAAAAAGCAUAUUGAGUAUAUAAAUGAAUCAAAUAAAUAAAUUCUUAAUAUUUAAAGUUUUUACAGUGUAUAACACAUUAUAUAAAAAGUAUAGUAUUAUUUAAUUCAGAUGUCCAUAAAUAAAUAAAUGAAUAAAUAGAUUCAUUAAUGGUCUAAACAAGAACAAUUCUUUAGUGACUCAGCUUUGCAUCUGUAAUCUGCACCACAGACAAAACUAAACGUCUAGUUACUAGUAAGUCCGUCUGUGAAACAGCACAGAAAUCGUUGGCCAUGCGCCAUUGUAGGUUUGCUAAUCAGGUUGAAGGGAAAUCCAUAAUGCAUUUCUGGUAAUUGUUUGAAUCCUUUGGGGGCCCUGUGAACAAUACAUGUUUAUUCUUAUUUUGCUUUGUACGUUUUUAGAGAAAGAAGUCAGUGCUUGGCAGAAUGACACCAGCAUUCUAAAGAUGACUGCCACCGGUGGCAAGAGCUUCAAGUGUGAUCAGGAUCAAGACAUACCAUUAAAGGCUAAAAACAAAAUGAAAGUUACAGUUAUGAUUAAACAGAUUCACCUGCAGCCUUUUGGUUCAGAUGCUAAAAAGGAGUUUGGUGAAGGUUAGAUUAACUCUUCAAUUCAGUGAUCAGUUUGUAAUUUCUCCAAAAAUAUCAUUGCUUAAUCAAUAGUAAAAGUCAUGAGAAGAAGAAAAGGACAAGAAAAAUGGCUUGAUUAACAAACAAAUUAUCCUAGUCAGUACCUUGAAAAUGUAUGUUGAACAGUGUUGAGAAUAUAUGCAAGCUAAUAUAAGAGUUGUAUUUGUAAUGGUGCAGCUGCAGUUUUUUUAACCUACAACUCAUCUUGCAGGGUGGGGUACUUCCAUCGUGGUAAGUUCUGUAUGCUUAGGGAUGGGGUUCAGAGAAAUGUCGAGUAUCAAAAUUUCCCUCCCCCCAAAAAAAGGAUAAUAAUAGUAGUAAUAAUAAUAACAAUAAUAAUUUCAUACAAAAUGGUACGCCCUCACUUUUUGUACUUUUUUAAAAAAUUGAACCUUUCUCCUUACCCCCCACCAAAAAAAUAAAUAAUAAUAAUCCUUCAAAAUUUUGUUUUAUCUCCUGUCUUUGUCCAUGAAGACAUCUAAAAAGGAGCAUUCAACAUUGUUCAGAAAAUUCAUAAGACAUAAGAUGCGUUAUGUAACUUUCACAAACUGUUUGUGAACAAAGUAAUGAAAAACCCAACUUACUUUUUGUUUUUGCCUUUCAGCUGAUGUUUGUUCUCCAAAUGCUGGAGGAAAUCCUGCCAAACCCGUUGAUACCAUUGUGCCGACAGCUGUUGGCUGUGUAUUGGCUGGUUUGAUUGUCAUUCUUAUUAUUACUUAUAUUGUAGGUCGCUGUAGAAGGCCAGGUUAUCAGAAAAUGUGAUCAUAUUGUGUAAUA